AUGCGGCUUUUAUCGACUAGGCCAGUCAAGGUGAAAUGGUAUUACAACACUGACCUGCCGCUUUCCAAACCAGAUUGGUAUGAGUAUACCCAAGAAAAAGAUCCCGAGAAGUUCAUGCCCUUCUCGGACUAUGAUAAUGCCCGUCUAGAGCGUGCAUAUGAGAACAAUCAGACAUGCGUGGAUGUGAGAGAGGACCGCUUAUUUAAGGUGGAGCUAGAUAAGAUGCAGCUUUCAACUGUAUACUGGACGGGUCCAGUAUAUGAAGUCAGAAGAGGUACUUGGUUCACGCGUGAUGGAGAACCACUUGUGCAAGAAAUGGCCCUAAAGAUAGAGAAAGGUUACAAUGAUGUGAAAGCUUAUAAAUAUAAGGCGGGGGAGAAGUCACAGGCCUCCCGGGAAUUGACUGCCAAAUUCAACAGUCAGGUCAAAGAAAUACCACUGGCAGAUGCUUUUGACAUUGCAAAGGAGGAUGAUGUGGUAGACUUGGGAAAUGGACAAGCCGUGAUAUACUUCAACGAUGUUUUCGGUGCUCUUUUUCCCAAAAAGCUUUCUGCUUUGCAAGUCAAUAUAAUUCGAUCCAUGCAGCCAUCCUACGGUAGUCUUAUGUCUGUGAUACCAAUCCAAAGAGGCUACACAAAUGAUCUAGAUUCCUCGAUUAUUGACAGUGUCAAGUCCACCAAUGUGACUUCCCUCACAGACAUAUUUCAGUCAGAGGUUGCCUCCAUGUUUAGUAAGGACUCGCAUUUAUCGCUAUCCGACUCAGGUAAGAAACCUGAUCAAAGCAAAUUGCUUGAGAAAGUACUUGAGGCCGAUUUCAAGAACGAGGGCUCUGAGAACUCCUCCAAAAGAGAUGUUGAGCAUUUAGUGCUUUGCGUUCACGGAGUGGGUCAGCUUCUUGGUUACAAAUAUGAGUCAGUCAACUUUACACAUAGUGUAAAUGUAAUGCGGUCCACCAUGAAAGAGGUUUACAAGAAUGAGACAAAAUACCAAGAGUUGGCAUAUGGCCCUGAGUUUGACCCAAAGAACGAAAAGCAAAAGGCCAAUAACAAGAUACAAACGUUACCAAUUUCAUGGCGUCACCGUGUCUCGUUUCAUCCUCGUAAACCAGGUGGCACUGAUAAAGGGACGACUAAGGGAAAAAUACCUACUUUAAGUCAAAUCAAUGUUGAAGGUGUCAAGUCGCUCAGGAACAUCGUUGGAGAUGUAAUCUUGGACGUCUUACUUUACUAUGAGCCCCACUACCUCAAACAAAUAAUGAGCGCUGUUCUGUCGGAACUCAAUUUCGUUUACAGAACUUACUUGGAACGUAAUCCAGACUUUAAUGGAAAAGUUCAUUUAUUCGGGCACUCUCUAGGCUCUGCAAUAUGUUUCGACCUAUUGAGUCAGCAAAGGAAAGACACGAAUGAUUAUAAACUUGACUUUGACGUCGAAAACUUGUUUUGUGUUGGGUCUCCUGUGGGUAUGUUUGAAAUUCUCAAACAAAAAAAUAUUGUGCCAAGAAGUCAAGUUAAUGACACCGAAAUACAAUUGGAUGCUAGCUUUUCAUCGCCAAAGUGCAAGAACAUCUAUAACAUAUUUCAUCCAUGUGACCCUGUCAGUUACCGUAUGGAGCCUCUUGUUGAUCCAAAGUUCGCUGAAAUGAAAGCUGACGAAGUUCCUUUCGCCCUCAAAGGAUUCAAUACCCAAGUACAAAACUUGACUUCUAUAAGUGACGAUAUCCAAGAAAAGUUUUACCUGGCAUCAAGCUGGUUCAGGAGAAGUGAAUCAGACGAAAAGCUGAAAUCAGAUACUAAGAAACCAGGUGUUGAGGAGGAGAAUGCCUUGGGUGAUAUCAUCUCCACAUUGACAAGCUCAGGUCAACCGAAAGCCUCAGCUCGUAAGACAAGAACAGACAUUUAUGAUGAACAGGAAUUGGGCGCUCUUCUAGAAUUGAAUAGAACGGGAAGAAUUGACUACAGCCUACCAAUGGGAGUGUUCAGUAUUGCUCUUGUUUCAGCUAUCAGCGCGCAUAUUUCUUACUUCGAAGAUCAAGAAACGAUGGGGUUCGUGAUGAAAGAGGUUCUUAGUUCGCACUUGCCACGGGCUAAGUCCAGGAAAGUCACUGUUUUUAGCUAG